AUGCACCUCAUGGUUGUGGUUGAAGUACCGAUAAUCGCGGAUUGCCUCAAAGAAGACAUAUUAAGCCGACUCCGGACCCGCCAAUGGAAGAGUCGUGCACGAUCGAGGCAUGAGGUCCCCAAUACCCAGGACUGUAAGCUUCCCGGGAAACCCGUGCAGUGUGUUGAAGACAACACAACCAUGUCUGACACAAGUAGCUCGAGCGCACACUCCGAUGAUACAGACGACAACUACCAUGCAAGCAGCGAAGAGGAUGAUCCAACGAAACCGCCAUCAAAGCAUCGCAGGCUUCCCACACCGCCAUCCAACGCUGCGUCGCGCCAUCCUCGGUUUCAGAUCCCAAGGGCAGCAGCCGCUGCAGGUCGUGAAGGUGUCAAACAGGAAGACAGCAAGGUGCGAGCGACGACUGCGAAAGAUCAUUACACAACCCCCCCGAACACUAAUCAUGGACUGGACACAUACACCCACUCCCGACAUCCUAUUGAUGACAAGACACAUCAUUGCCCUCUUCCAUUGUUGGCCCGAGGGGAAGCCGUGAUGCUUUCAUCUACAGUGGCCCAAGUCAUUUUCAAGAUGGUCACAGGCUGUCCAAUGACCACCUCAGAUCUCAUGAGUGAGACAACAGCCGCGGCUGACACUGAAAGAGAUUACAGCGAACGGAAGGUCGAGGAUUUGGAUGGAAAAAGACAUCACUGGACUCGAGAGGAGGACAACUGUCUAAUGGCCCUGAAGCAGGACAGCUUCUCUUGGCUGGAGAUUGAGGAGCAGUUUCUACACAGACAACUCAGCUCAUUGCGGCAGCGAUGGUACACAAAACUUCAGAAUACGCACGCAAGCAACCCUCCCACCGACAAGCUGAGGCAAGAGGGGAAAUGUCGUGCGUCGGCUGGUGAACUCCUUCCAAUAUCGAAGCCGCCCACACCCCUCAAAACUUCACAUCACUAUCCCAGCGGACAACCCCAACCAGCAGAUGAUCCGGCCACGCCGAAUGCGAAACCCCGCACACCAUCUCCGUCCUCAACAGUGACCGCCAUGUGCCCAGUGUGCAAUUCUGUGGUCGAGGUGGAGGCUUCCAGUGCGUUCGAUGCCACCAACAAUCGCAUGGGGGUCCGCGAGCAGCUGCGGUUCUGCGAGAAGCACCGAAAGGAAACUGCACGGCGCGAGUGGUCCCGACUUCGUUAUCCCAUCAUUGCUUGGGACCGCCUAGAUGAUCGGUUGACUCAAUUCCAUCCUCGCCUGCGCCGGAUCCUCGAUGAUUCCGGGUACCGCUCCCGCUAUAAGAGUGUUGUGCACAAGAAAGUGCGGAAGCAUGGCAGGAAGAUCCUCUCCCGGAGUAUCCUGCACAGUACCGGCUACUAUGGCCUUAGAGGCCAUGAGAUUCUCUCAGCGCAUGUCAUGUCUCACUUUAAAGAUGCUAUCGACUCACUGGCCGGCAUCGAUAGCGUGGCGUCGAAGUAUGGGACCGUUGUGUAUGCCCAGGAGGUCUUGGUUCCGGAACUGCUGGAGAUGUUGGUUCAGGAGGACAUGGGAGUCGAUGCCAAAGGGGCCCGCUGGAUUCUGAAGGAGAGCAACAAAAUCGGAAAUUUGCUUAAUCUUGAGUGAAUCGGGGAACAUCCUUGUAGUAGAUUAUUUAGCUGAUUUAGUAAGCUGUCUAAGAAGUGGAGUGGACCUAAUUACAGAAAUAAUUGGACACGUUAAACGGUAUGCAUUGAGCAGGCUAAUAUAAAUGAUGCUUAUUCACUAGAACUUCCGCGUUUGAUUUUUGUCUCGCGGACAGCCACGGCAAGGUAUGAAUCCUACAACUCUGAUAUGGCAUUUAUCCAUCUACGAAUAAAAAUUUUACAAAAUUAAACAGUAGAUACAUUAUGCCCUCAAGAUAGAUCUCUCCAACAAGCUCUUGUGGGCUCCACUUGAGUUAAAGGUCAACAAGUUCAUCAAAGGUCAGAUGUUCGUCCAAGCGCUUUUCUACAACUUGCUGCAUCUUCAUCCGAACAAACCCAUCCAGCCCAUCCAGCUCGUCCCGAGAGAGAAGAGAGAGUCUGUCAUCUAGAGAGUUCAGACGACCAAAGUGCUUCUCAUCAAGAAAUGUCCAAUAAAUAUCAUCAAACAUGAAGCUCCUUCUUGUAGCAAGACAGAACCAAAAGAGCCCACAGUCCAGAGAGCGUUCCAUCCGAUCUGAUAGGCGCUGUGAAUCCGUCAAGGUCCCAUUCCGCAACUGCCUGUCCUCACAAGCCCGAAGGAUCUUGAGGAAAAAUUGGAGCCUUGGUGUGUAUCUGGCCAAAAAGUCAUUCAGAUCUGACUCCCAGGCUUCUGGCCUUUCCAACAGGAGCCACCAUGGCGCAGUGCAGGUAAAUUCGGUGGGUGCAACAUAAGUAAAUUCCCAGUCAAUAACACCAGUAAUGGUAAGAUCAGACUCAGAGACGAGUACAUUUGAUGGACAAAAGUCAUCACACCAUAGGUGGAAGGGACCUGGUUCCCAUUGAAUAUCCCGUGCUAUUUUUCGGAAAAGACAGCGCGCUAUGUACCUCUUUCGAGCAUCAUGUUCAUUUUCCACGGCAUCGUUGCGCUGAUAUUGUACAUGAAGAAGCUGCUGGGUAGCAAGUUCCUCAAAGUAUUCAGCGGCUGUUGGAAAAAUCUUCUUUGUAAAUUUAGCCGGAGGAAGGUUUCCAACACGCACAAGUUCAUUCAUAUUCAAAGUCAUUGGCCUCUUGGUCACUCGCCAUUCCCCUGAUUCGCAUUCCAGAGCCCCAAUGCUUGGGAAGGAGGGUUUCGAGAGCUCCAGCAUGAUGUCGGCCAUUCCCCGAUAGGCUCUUUCCAAGUCACUUAAGCCCACAGAAGGGUCCCUAAGCUGUUUGGACAGCAAGGUGCCCUCAAUAAAAGUUGUGACAACAUAAGGGCCGCAUCCCCAGCGACCUGCACCAAGAACAAUAGGAACAGGAACCCGCGUUCGUCUUGAGAGAAAAUCCAUCACUGAAACCUCGUCCCGAGUCUUUUCUGUGCGAAACCGGCUUCGACCUAGAAUAGGAAAUCGAACAACCACGCGGAACUCAUCUUCAAAUGUGACGGUACAGCAUAUAUUAAAAGCGCCAGUGGUGAAACUUGAAGCUUCGAUGGCUUGAUGGCCAGGGCGGUGUUGACCCGCAAGUGUCAGUGCUAUGGCGGGUGACAGGAGUUUGAGCCAACUUGCAAACAACUUCCGGGACGACUCCUCAGCCAGAUG